GUGAAUGCAAAUGUUUCCGUACUUUGCAUAGUUGGCAGACUCUAAAAGCUUUAUAUUCUCAGCUUUUAAAGUGUUUUGCGAUGCCACAGUGCUUCUAGACUUUUUUUUUUUUUUUUUUUUUUUUAAAGCAAUGUUCUUUUAUGAAAAUCAACAUAAUUUAAAUUAGGUUGAAUUAGGCCUAUGUUCCUGCUGAUAAAAAACAUGUCAUGUCCGUUUAAAGUAGUCAGACGGGUUUUGCGACAUGAAAGCUGCUGUUUUGUUACUCGUCCAAGGUGGUCAACAAGAUCUAACCAGCUUAAUCAACCAGGGCCAACAUGGACCAGAAAAUAUGAAAAACCGGCUACCAUCAGAAAAAAAAAUUUAAAUUUGUUUUCAUGGUGGUUGGCCUCAUAAUAUCCAUAAGCCUUUUCCUCAAACUCCUGCAGAUGAAACCUGAAUUAACAGUAUCAAAAUUAGUGGAAAGGUCUUUGGAGGAAGCAGUUUCUGACCAGUUGAAACCUGAUGAUCACAAAGAUGAUGGUCCUAAAAACAAAUGUGGCCUCUCAAAACCAUGUUCUGAAGAAGAUUUUGCCUUUAAGCUUUACAGCGGUGCAACAAACAUCGUUGGACCACAAAUAUGCUUUGAGGGGAAAAUGAUAAUACAGAAAGACACGCGAGGUAAAUGGCUGGGAAUUAAUAUUGCUGUUAUCAAUGAAGAAACAGGUGAACACAUUAAAACUGGCAGCUUCAAUAUGUGGAACGGAAAGGUUGAGGAGUUGAUAGAGUUUCUGAAGUCAAUCGAGGAUGGUUCUCUUGUGUUGAUAGCCACUUUUGAUGAUCCAGCCACAAAACUUAAUGAUGAAGCAAGGGCACUUAUUGCAGAGCUUGGCAGUUCAUAUAUUUCCCAAAUCAAAUUCAGAGAUAACUGGCUCUUUGUGGGAGGGAAGAAAACCAUAAACCAAGUCUCUUAUGAGGAGCACAUGAAGAAUGACAGGGAAACUAAUAAGUAUGAAAGCUGGCCAGAAAUGAUCGAGAUGGAAGGUUGCAUACCAAGAAUAGACUAAUUUUCUGAAGCACAAUGUUUGCUUAAGUACAGUUACCAAGCACUGGAAGCUAUUUAUUCAACAAUACAACAAGCUGAGCCACAAGGCGUUUGUGAUGGUAUUUUUUUUUUUUUUUUUGUCCACUGUUGUGGACAUGUUUCAUAUGUUACUAUCUGAGACCAUAUACUUGUUUCAAUAUGGUGUAAUUUUUUAAUAAAAUGUUAUCAUUGACUUUAUAAUAAAAUAUAAUAUAGUUUGAUUUGUAAUUUUGUUGUUGUUGUUGUUAGGUUUUAGGGUAAUAUAUAUUUUAAAUGUCAUUGUAAAUUGAAAAAUUAUAGUUAACGUUUAUAUGUGAUGUUAGUGUAUGUUGCAGUGUUUUUGUUUGUUUGUAUCCUAUAUAAAACAUUACUACUGUGUUCAA